GUAAAAUGAAGUUUGCAGAUAAAUUAAUAUAAUAAUAAAAUCCUCAAGUGCAAGGUCUUAGAAUAAUAAAGAUGGGAGAUAAGGAUUAUUAGAAAUUAUCUUAAGCUACUUAAUAAAUAUAGAUGUUGAGUCCAAGAAUGAAAUCAAUAAUUUCAUCAUUAAAAAUGAGUGCAGCAAAAUAAAAUGCAAUAAGUUUAUCUUGUCCAUAGAUAGGAUAUAAUUACUCAAUAUUUGUAAUUCUGAGAUCUCUAAAAAGAAAUUAAUGGAAGUAGGAAGAUGCAUAAGCUUGUGAUUAUAUGGCAUUUAUAAAUCCUUAGAAAUUAAAAGAAAGCAAAUAUACAUAGGUGGAAUGGGAGGAAUGCCCUUCAUUUCCAUAUUUGAUGGCAAAAGUAGAGAGGGCCUAUAGAAUUGAUUUUUAAUUUAUGAAUGAAAAGUUUAAAUUAAUAAAACAUUCUUUAAGGUAUAUGAAUAUGUGUAUAUUGAAAAUAGUGAUUUUGAAGCAAGAGUAGUUUAACAUGAGAUAGAUCAUCUAUAAGGUAUAACAUUAGAUAAACCAGAUGUAUUAUUGAUAGAAUCAAAGAGAGAGAGUUUUAAAAGUGAUGAUAUAAAUUUUGAAGGUUUGUAAUAAUAGUUGGCAGAUUUAGAAAUAGCUUCAAUGAAGAUGAAAAUAGAAUAAUUUAAAAAUAAUAAAUGA